AAACGCUUCGUGCCGUCACUGUACAAACCAACACACCUCUAGCAUUGUUUACGAUUUUUACGCCCAGCUGUAACGACUACAAGCACGCACCGAACGUAAACAACGUGUGAUAUCGGAGAACGCAAGAGAAAGAACCGCACAGGUAAAAUCAGCGAGAGAGCGAGGCGAGCGUGUGGCAUUUGUUGCAGCUGUUCCGAACUUGUCGCCGCACUUUCCGUACAGCGUUACUCCUGCUCAAUCUCUCGCGAAGCGGCAACGCGACAGCACCGUGUAUAAUAUUCCCUCGGAAGCAUUAGGCGCGGAGAAAGAGAGUGCUCAACACUCAGUGCGGUGUAGAUCCGACCAGAAGACCAUCAUUGGAAAAAUUUGCACCGAGGCUGACAGACGGUCAGUCGGAGGGAUAGUUAGAACUGUUUCGACCAAGCCGUACAGCUAAUAGAGAGGGUCGUUCUGAUGUGCAGCAGUAGCAGAAACGGCGGGCCGGAUGUGGAGUUUUGACGGCGCGAUACGACAAAGUGCAAGCUAUUUUCACAAAGCAAAGAAUAGUGCGUGGGUGGACAAAGAGGAAAAGAGGAGUGGAUGUUAGAGUGAAAAUUUUCUUCACUGUCGUCGGAAGUGAGUUCUCGGUAGAAUAGGUGUGUAGUGAAAAGCGUAGACUACGAAAGCAAGCAGGUUCAUAAUUAUCCAAAUAUCGAUCCUGGCACUUAAUCAAUAUUUUAGCGCCACAACACUGCGAGAACAUCCUUGAAGUUGUUGUGCUUUUACGCUUCAUAUCUACGCGUCGCGAAAACACUUUGAAUGUCAUCUUCGAUAACUGAUGUGGAACUAACUCGAGCAAGGAUUUACAUAAUUCCGGAACGAAGAAGCAACCAAGUAGAAGAAUACAUAAUUGAAGUGCCCGGCUGGAAGGAGUCCGACAGCGUAGCUUAUCUUAUCUGGCCUUCUAUUUACUGCAGCUCAACAGUUUCGUCGCGCCAUCGCUAAUAGUGAAAUGUGUCAUUCGGCUUAGCGUGUGAUUCUCCGCCAGAAGAUCAAUCGAUAAACUUCUAAUGUGAAUGCUUUGCAUCAAAUCAUCCACGAACGACGUCACCUUAGGCUAUAAAUAGCUCCAAAUUUGCACUCUACUACUUUACUAGUGACGGCGACUGCAGCAGUAGUAUCAAUUAUUCAUGUGAAAAUCCGCUGAAGAAGAGAUCAACGUACUCGCGCAAAAUUUGUGCUGACCUGUGAAGCAAAAACAGCAGCUGAAUCCCUUAACAUUUUUUCGUCGACUUAAGGCCUCAGGUCAUUGGCUGGAGUUGUGGUGGGCAAAUAGCUUGCGCACAGUUAUUUUUCGCGAGUUGGCGAAAUUUAAUCGAGCGUAAACCAACAACAAAUUUUAAGCUGGUAUGGCGGCGGUCAGCGGAACGCAGUUUCAGCAGCACAUGGAAGACGACGAGGACGAUUUUCAAGAUGCUUGCGACACAGAAGGGCCAACCCCGUCCUGUUCGAUGGAUUUGGAGGCGGCCCUCGCCGAGGCCAAACUGGGGGUGAAUUUGUUCUUCAACAAUAAAUUUACCGAAGCGGAAGCGCUGAUGAAGCCAUGGGCAACUUCGAGCAUGUACCAUUCGGUGGGAAACAGCGUGUUUGCCUAUCUGGAAGCCAUGCUGACGUUCGAGCAGCAGCACAUUGCGGCCGCAUCGGACGCCCUGAAGCAGUGUCUGACCGUGUGUGGCCGGUUUCGGAAGAAGAACACCCUCACCGAGACGAUCGGCAAGACGUUCAAGAAGGUCAACUACGACCAGUACACAGACGUGGAGGCACACGCUGAGCUGUGUACCGCAGAAGCGAUGCUGCUGAAGGCGAUGCUCACUUUCAUCGAGGAUGAAACCUUGACCAGCCUGAUCAAGGGCGGGAUGAAGAUUCGGAACUGCUUCGCGAUGUACAAGGAAUGCCACAACAUACUCACCCAACGCCAGUGGGAGUCGGAGAGCUCGCGGGUGCACUUCGAGAGUGGUGUCAAGAUGGGGCUGGGUACGUUCAAUCUGAUGAUCUCACUGCUUCCCGGACGGGUUAUUAAACUGCUAGAGUUUAUUGGAUUCUCCGGGAACAAGCAAUCGGGCAUGCAAGACUUGGUCGCCGGCAGCCAGAGUUUGGGCAUCCGGCAGGUGCUGUGCGUGAUGACCCUGUUGGGGUACAAUCUGAUCGUGUGCUACGUGCUGAGUCACAAGGAGGGCGAUCUGAACUUUUGCGACGAUCUGCUGGCGAAGCAGCUGAAGCAGUACCCGGACGGUGUGUGGUUCCUGUUCUUCAAGGGUCGGCUCGAGUUUAUGAAGGGUAAUCUGGACGAGGCGUUGAUGUGGUACAAAAAGUCAUGGAAAUCGCAGAACGUCUGGCCCCAAUUCCAUCACCUGUGCUUCUGGGAGUUGCUGUGGGUGAACUGCUUGCGGUUAGACUGGCGAGAGUCGCUGCUAUUUGCCACGUAUCUGGUCGAGCACAGCAAGUGGUCACGUACGAUCUACACAUAUCAGAAGGCUUCCAUCAUGUGCAUGAUGAAGCGGUCGGACCUGACCUCGACGGAGCUUCGCACGCUGGACGGGCUGAUGAAGGAGGUGCCAAAGUACAAGCAACGAAUCGCAGGAAAAUCGCUUCCGAUGGAGAAAUUUGCCUGCAAGAAGACGGAACGAUUCUUCGCCCAGCAGUCCUUCCUGUACGUGCCGGCGCUGGAGCUGAUGUACCUGUGGAAUCUGUUUAAAAUUCUCGGCAAACACUUUCCGCUGGCGGACGGCGUGUUCCGGAUAGUGGAGGAAAAUUUGAACGAGCUGGAAGCGCGACAGCAGAAAAAAGCCAGCAGCCCGCUGACGCCGUACGACGUGGACAACAAGGCGUUGCUGUUGCUGCUGAAGGGAGCCAUUCUGCGCCAGAUGAACAGUCCGCUGCAGGCACUAAAAUGCCUCGAAACGGUAGUCUCCAUGUUCAAAGAUCUCAAGGAGGACCUGUAUCUGGUUCCCUACGCGAUUGUGGAAAUCGCACUCAUUUACGUGGAUCAGGGCAAGAAAGAGCAAGCCAUAUUAGCCCUGGAAGACGCUAAGAGAAACUACAGCGGCUACUCGCUAGAAUCGCGGCUUCAUUUCCGCAUCCACACCGCGCUGAUUGACUUGAAAGGAAAGAGCUACGAAAACAUUCCCGCCGGUGGUGAUUAGGAAGGGGGCCAGAGUCGUCCCGUUUCUACAAGACCAAAACCAUAGUUACGAACAGCUUCUAGUCCACGCGCGUGUGUAGUUAACAGAUCGUCGAAAUCGUUGAGAUGCGGCGCGCACGAUUUAGGAUCGUUGCAUUUAAAAAUGACAAAAGAUUGUACCGAAAAUGCCGGUAUGAACACCUACAGACAGACAUCAACGAACUCACUCCUAGAAUGAUCAUCAUUGCCGAUGGUAAGUUUCGAGCCCUUUGACCUUCAUCUGCGUUGUUCCGUGCAAUGAGACGCACUUUCUAGGACACUCUUCUAGUUUUAGGUUAUUCGUUUAUUAUUUUUGGAGGGUUAAUUCCAAUAAAGAGCACCGUAAUAUUAACGUUGCCAACCGGAACGAUUUGA